AUGAGAUAUGAUGGAAUGCAAGACCCCCUGGAGCACCUGACGGCCUUCGAGGCCAGGAUGAACUUAGAAGGAGUAGGAGAUGAGGUAAGGUGUCGCGCCUUCCCGGUCACCCUGGCGGGACCUGCAAUACGGUGGUUCAAUAACCUCCUGCAAGGCUCGGUGACCCAGUUCUCCGACAUCAGCCAUGCCUUCCUGGCUCAGUUCACAACCAGGAUCGCCAAAGCCAAGCACCCGAUCAACUUGCUAGGGGUGACCCAAAGAACCGGGGAGCCGACCAGGAAGUACUUGGAUCGCUUCAAUGAUGACUACUUGGAAAUCGAUGGGUUGACGGACUCGGUAGCGAGUCUAUGUUUGACAAAUGGGCUCCUAAAUGAGGACUUCAGGAAGUACCUUACCACGAGACCAGUUUGGACAAUGCAGGAGAUCCAGUGCGUGGCUAAGGAGUACAUUAACGACGAGGAAGUCAGCCGGGUCGUGGCUGCCAAUAAACGACAACCCCCCUACAACCAAACUUGGCACUACGAUGGUGGAGAAAGACAAAAGGAACACGCCAGGGACGGCGGUUCGAGCAAGACGACAAAACUAUUUUCCCAAGUCGGGAAAUUCACCAACUACACCCUCCUCACGGCACCGAUCACGGAGGUCUACCAACAGAUAGCCGAGAAAGGGAUUCUGUCGAGGCCCCGACCCGUGAAGAACAGGACGGGGGGAAACAAGAACCUCUACUCAAUCAGGGACGGAAAGCUUGCUGACUUCUCCCACCUCAUAAGGGAACCAAGGAGACGAAAUCAGGAUCACGAGGGUGAGGACAGGCCCCGGGCAACAAGACGAUGUCAAGAACCAGAGGGAGAAAACCACGGUCUCACGCCGGUAAAUGUGGUAACAGCGAGAAACUCCGCCCCGAGGUCGAAAUCGGCACAGAAGAAAGACGCCAAGGUCCUGGCGCUCUCCUCCUCAUCUGCUAGGAGUUCCCGGGGACACCCAUACAUCUCUUUCGGCCCUGAGGACCAAUGGUUCGACGAGGUACCGGAAAGUCCUCCCAUGGUUAUUACGGCCAGAGUCGGAACCGGACUCGUCAAACGGAUCCUAGUGGACACGGGGGCAGACUCGAACAUCAUGUUUCGCAACGUCUUCGACGCCUUGGGACUGCGUGAUACCGACCUGGCGACCCACCAGCACGGUGUGGUAGGGUUGGGUGAUCACUUUAUCAAGCCAGAUGGGAUCAUCUCCCUACCGACCUCCCUAGGACAAGGACAGAGGCGGAGGACGGUAAUGGCCGAUUUUGUUGUCUUACGAGAUUCCACUGCUUACAAUAUCAUCUUGGGGAGAAAAACCAUCAAUGACCUUGGGGCAGCGAUUAGCACGAAGUUGCUCAUAAUGAAGUUUGUCACGGAUGACGGAUCCGUGGGAUCCAUCAGAGGGGAUUUGAAAACGGCAGUCGCUUGCGAUUACGCCAGUCUCUCUCUUAGGAAAAAAUCCAAAGAGGCAUCUGGGGUCUUCCUCACCGACCUGGACGCCAGGAUAGAUGACAAGCCCAGACCUGAGCCGGAAGGGGAUUUGGAAAAAUUUAGGGUCGGUGAUGGGGACGAGAAGUUCACGUUCAUAAACAGAAACCUUCCCCAUGAAUAA